UCACUAUUUUAUUUUUUUCCUUCUUUUUCUAAGGCUUCUUCACUUAUUCAAUACACUUCACGGUUGGAUUUUGUAUUUAGAGGGAGAAACAGAUAGACAAAUUGCAGACUAGAGAGAGAGAGGAGAGAGAGAUCUGGGGAGUGAGUGAGUUCUUGAAUCCAUGGCAUCCAAGCUGUUGCUGAUUACAGUUUUCAUCCUGAAUGUCAUUGCUUUUGGGCUCGCUGUUGCAGCUGAGCAGAGGAGAAGCUCUGCGAAUGUCGUUCAGAAUACUGAGUUAAAUUACAACUAUUGUGUCUAUGAGUCAGACAUUGCAACUGGCUACGGGGUUGGUGCAUUUUUGUUCUUCUUGGUAGGUCAGGUCAUUAUAAUGGUGGCAAGCCGAUGCUUCUGCUGCGGGAAGCCAUUGAAACCUGGAGGGUCAAGAGCCUGGGCAGUUAUCCUUUUCAUAGUCUGCUGGGUCUUUUUCUUAAUUGCGGAGGCAUGUUUGCUGGCGGGUUCAGUGAGGAAUGCCUACCACACCAAGUACAGGACCAUUUUCGGCCAAAGCCCUCCAGAUUGCCAGCAACUGAGAAAGGGAGUUUUCGGUGCAGGAGCAGCUUUCAUUUUCCUCUCCACAAUAGUUUCUGAGUUCUACUAUGUUUGCUAUUCCAGAGCCAGGGAAAGCUUCCAGCCGUACGGUGGAGAGGCUGCUGUUGGUCUCGGAACCUUUAAAUGAUUCCAUCAUCUUCGGAAUCAACAUGAUCGACGAUCAUGAUCCACAAUAUUUUGUAUCAGAUAAUUUGACCAUGUCUGGGAUCCCACAUUUCAUGUUUUGAGUUGCAUAAAUGAUGUCUUGAAGGGUUUGGUUCAGUUGAGUCUGUAAUAUAGUGGGGAGUUAGUGUUUCUCAUUUUUUUACACUACUGGUAAAUAUUUUUCUCUGAUAGUCAAGCCCGGAUAAAGGAGGAGGGAAGGGCACCAGGUAGUCGACAGCCGGCACUCCUAGGUUACGUCGAAUCCUUAUGAUAAUGAAUCCUGAAUGAGGAUUCAUAUAGCCGAUCCUACUUAGGAAGAAAAGGCUUUGUUAUUGUUGUUGUUGAUUGUGAAAUAUGAUAUUAGUAACAGGAAAAUACUUGCCUGUGACCUGUAUUUGUUUCAAAGAAGUGAGCAUUUGCUUUUGUGAAA